AUGCAACCCAGCGCAGGUCUUCAUCGCCACAGUCGAGUCAAAGAGGAAUCUGCAGAAAGGGCCUGCGGCGACAUAUCCAAGAAUCUGAAAGUCAUCAUAGUCAAAGAGGCAAACAAGCGUGCACAGUUCUUGGAAGCUGUCUCUUUCGCAACGACAAAGAUUAUUAUCUCUGCUGAUGACCAGGUGUACUGGGGAAAUAAUUUCUUGAGGUAUGCCCUCCUACCUUUCAACGAUGCGCAUGUUGGCUUGGUAGGAACUGUUAAGCGCGUGCAUCGGGAGAAUCUGCCGCUAUUCUCUUUCACGGACAUCCUCAACUACAUCGCGGUAAUGUACCUUGAGAGAUCCAACUUCGACCUCACGGCAACAUCCAACAUCGAUGGAGGCGUCUCCACCAUCUUUGGCCGAACCGCUCUGAUGCGUACAGACAUGGUGAAGAACUCAAAUUUUGCCCACGCAUAUCUCAACGAAACCUGGCUGUUCGGAACCUGCGGACCUCUUCUCGUCGACGAUGACAAAUUCGUCGCCCGAUGGUGUUAG